AUGUUUCGACUCAGUUUCGCUAAGCGUGAAAUCCACACGGUCUUCUUUCUUUUCGUCGCCAUUUUAUCGACUAUAACCUGUCAAAUGAAUUCACGUGUGGUCACUCCUCUUGGUGAAAUGGAAGGUGUAGAGGAAAUCAUCAGACAUGAAAAAGUUUACCAGUUUAGAAAUAUUCCGUACGCUCAGCCACCAACAGGACACUUAAGACUCUCCAAGCCGAUACCGUUCGGUUCCUGGUCGGGUGUUCUUAAUGCGACUAAAUUCGGGCCUUCAUGCAUGCAGCCAUCAUAUAGAAAUUAUGUAUAUGAUAAAUACAAGCCUAAUCUAGACAUGUCUGAAGACUGUUUGUCAUUAAACGUUUAUGUUGCAAGGAACAUUUCUGCGAAUGCCAAUCGAUCUGUCAUGGUUUGGAUACAUGGAGGAAGCUAUUUAAUAGGACAGGGAUCACUAUAUGACGGUUCGUACCUGGCGCUGACUGGAGACGUAGUUGUUGUUACACUCAACUAUAGGUUGGGGCCUUUUGGCUUUACCGUUUCUCCAACAAAUGGAAUUUCAGGAAACUAUGGCCUUUGGGACCAACGUCUAGCUUUAGAAUGGGUACAGUCCAACAUUGCGUCUUUCGGUGGGAAUCCAAAUUCUGUAACAAUAUUUGGACAAUCAGCUGGGGGCUUCUCAGUAUCGCUGCAUGCCAUUAUACCUGAUAAUAAAGGUCUGUUUCAUCGAGUUAUCGCUCAAAGUGGUAGCUCUGAAGGUCCACUUGCAAUAUGGCACAGUGCAGCUUACACUUCAGAAGCAAUGAUAAGAUUGUUAGAUUGUCAGAAUAAUACUAUAAAAUGUAUACGGAGUAGAUCGGCUUCAGAAAUAGUUAAUUAUACUCGUGUACUUUCAUCACCACUUUUCUUAAAGGAUUUCUUCGAGAUCCCCUCUGGACCUGUGGUGGAUCAUGAUUUUCUUUAUAUGGAUCCAACUCGAUUACUGAUGAACAAGACUUCUCCAAACUAUCGAUUCUUCCGUUCCCUUGACUAUAUGACGGGAAAUGUAGAUACCGAGGGUUCAAUUUCUGUAGAUAUCAUUGGUUUAUACGCAAAACUCUAUGGUGUUUUGUCUAAUGGGAUAUCGUUAACAACGUUCUGUGAAUAUUAUUUGCCAGGAUUAACCACAUAUUAUUUUGGAAAAGUGAAUGAUUCUAUAUCAUCCGAUUUUUUAUGCUCUCUUUAUGGAUCCUCCGGUCAAACAAACCAGAUGAAUAACGCCAUGAACUCUUAUGCAGAUGCGAAUUUCAUAGCACCAGCCGUGAAGAGUCUCAUAGUGCAUUCAAAGGAUAAUUAUUUGACAAAUUCAUUUCAGUUUCUUUUUCGCCGUCCAUGUAUCGAUCCGGCUAUCAGACACAAAUAUGAUUUAUGGACAAAUGGAUCAACCCAUGGAUCGGACAACGCCUACCUGUUCGGAUUGGAAGACUACCAAGACCGAUAUAACAUAACGGUCAGGUCUACUGACAUCAGUUUAUCAAACACCAUGAUGAGAUAUUGGACAAACUUUGCAAAAACCGGCAAUCCAAACUCUGAUGACUUACCCAGAUGGGAUGCCUAUGACGAAGUCAGACAAACUUAUGUCAAUCUGGAUACCAGCAUUACACAAGACCAACAUCUGUACCAAUCUAGAGUCGACAUUUGGCUGAAAAAGCUUCCCGAUUUAAUUCAACACCACCUACCUGACAUUGUUAUUGGAAAAUAA